UUGAUGUCAGGCGAAUCGGAUUAUUCUCCCCACUUUCCUCGCAGCCACACCUAACAACUAAUUUGAUGGGAUAUGUCUCGUCCUAAGGGUAAGAACAGGAUGAGUUCCGAUAGCCGAUCGACAAAGGAUCGAAAUGAAUCUGCCUCUGACCGACAAACAGACCACAGAAGACUAAACGGUUACUCAACCCAUGAAAAAUGCGAGGAGGACCUCCCAAGAAAGUGCUGCAGGCACUCCGAGAGGUGUUCAAAAGUACACGACUGUUCCGUAUACCCAGAGUACACCAGAAAGAUGAAAGAGAAGGUAUUUAAAGCGAACGUUUCUCACAAAACAAGUAAAGAAAACUGUUCGGACAAGGAGCUUGCACUUAGCGCUAAUAAUUCAGAGUCCACCUCCAGUGGAAAGGACGAAGCUAAAUCCCGGUUUCAUCCAAGCGCUCAGUCCUCUGAUCGAUCGAAGAGCUUCAGUCAGAUCUACAGCGAAAUCUUCGAGGAGUCAAAGGCGCGUCAACAAAAGGGGGAACGGGCUUGUCGAACCUACAACAUCAACAAAUCCAAACUGCGCAGGACUAGGGAGUUAUCUGGGUCCAGAGGACCGGGAAGUGGGUUCUAUGAUGACGAGAGCAGCGUGGAAUCAGAGUACUCCAGUCACUCCCCAAGGGAAACCCGGGAAUACGAAAGCCGAUCUACAGACGAGCGCGAAAAAAUAGUUAAGGACCAUGGGAUAAAACGCUCCGAAAGAACUUUAAACAAAUCAAUUAGCAAUCGCGAAUCUCGGAACUCUUAUUCCCACUGCUCGGAAAACAGGUGCUGGGAAGAUUCUUUUCACAAGCGAAAUAGACCAAGAGCGUGCAUGUGCGAACAGGCAUCUGUAUCUUGUACCACUGGCUCGGUUCGUUCCAGGUCGAGAAAGCACCACUCCAGAAACUGCGAUUCGGAGGUGACUGAUGGGAGCGAUUACCCCGCAGACCGCAGAUGUGACCCAAGCAGCGGCAUUCCUGCAACUGCGACAUCUCGCUCGCAGAGAGAUUAUCUUUCGAGCUGCAGCACACGCCAUCGUCAUCAUCAUCAUUAUCGUCGCCGGAGGAGUGUGUCCAAGACGUAUCAAGAUCGUGGAAACAGUCCCAUUAACAUCAAGACGAGGCGAAGGAGGCCCGACUCCCAGGAGCUCCGCGACGGAUCCGGCACCGACUUAGUCUGCAAGCCAAGUACCUCUGUUGGGGUGCAGUACCCCAGUGACGACGAGAUCGAGGACUAUUCUGACGCGAGUGCUGACGAAAUUGUACAAAUCGUCCAAGAUAAGGAACUCAACUUGAAGGGAAAAGCUCACGACAUUGACAGUAGAGAAAGUUUUGAAGAAGUGUCAAGUGACGAACGAAUCCCCAAUGAAAUGGAGCAAUAUACGUGCGACUACUUCAUAGCUGAUUCUGCCAUUUUCAGAAGAAGCGAUAAAGGUGAAGAAUACCGUACCGAAAAUAAUCAGGAGACCAAGACAAACCAUUAUGAAGAAAGCUGUUCUGAUGAAUAUGAUGGUAUAGACCUCAGUGAAGACAUUAACACUGAAGAAGAAGAUCAACAAGGCGAGUUCGAUGUCGCUGAAUAUCGAGAUGAUCAGGGGUGGACCAAUGAAGAAAAGCUAUCCUCCAGUGACGAGGGCCAAUCUUCAAACUACGACAACGAGUUGGAGUUGACCAAGGAAAAGUCUGAAGCAAAGACCAAAAGUCUCCUAAAUCUAAGGAUUUAUGAUGCUGACGAGGCUUUGAUGGAGAUCCCGGAGGAUUUCGAGGGCCCUGCAGUUGUGCUGGACGACGAUGCCGACUUCCUGGACAUCACGUUGACCGACGACGAGGAGCAGAUCCGGGCUAAGUUAAUGGCCGCGGCGCUGACCACCAGAAGGAGUAGCUGCUCCACUAGUGCCUCUGAUAGUAUCAAGUCAAGACGGUCCGUCGAGUCCAGCACCUUGAGCUACAAGCCCAGUGUGAUCUUUGCCCGUCGAUCGGAGACUGAUGGAAAGGAGAGUGCUCCUCGGAAAAAGGAUCGUGUGGCGCUUCUAGCCGAACAACUCCUGCAAAGCCUGUCUUCAAAUUCCGAAUCCGAGUGGCAACCCUUGGUUCAGGAGGUCACCACCCCGGACUCUGAGUGGCCACACUCGGAGGAGAGUGAGGUCACCAAGAAGCCUUUCCGCGAACUGGACAGACAGCUGCUCUCCGAGGAGUUCAACAGAAAGCUCCACCGCCAGCUGAAAGUAGUUGUGAAGAGCUUUCAAUGAGUUCCAAGAGUGCGCAUAUAUUUUGUAUUUGCAAUUACUUCUCAUUAAAUAUUCGAAAUUCGUUAAGAGCA